UGAAGGGCGAGGCUUUAGUUCUAGCAACCGUCAGCAAGCUUUUGAACCAAGUUUGACUGUCUCAAGGCUUCUAGUAACAGAGGUAUAAGCUGAGGAAGCUGGUUUCAACAUUUGGAGAUCACUUAGAUUAGGUUCAAAUAAGAUCACUAAGCAAAAUAUGCUCUGGCAAUAAUCUGCAGUUGUUGUUAUCCACCAGGCUACCAGCUGCUGCCUUUUGAUAUUGCCAUCAGUCUUAACCCCUUAUCUAUAUGGGGGAAUGAGUGAAGCUGAUGCCUGCUACAGAGAUGGAUGCCUUUCGACAGUCUUAUACCAGGUUGUGCAAAGAGAACGGUGCUGAGCCUCAAGAGAGUAUCCUGCCACACUUGGAGGAAGCAACAGGACGAAACCGCUUGGAUUUGGCCACGCAGAGCCUUUCUGUAGAUAGUUGCGGAAUCCUUGGCAAGCUUUUGCAGGAUGACCUCCAGUUCACUGAGCUCAUACUGAGUGAUUGUAUGCUGAGUGAAGAAGGGGCUAAGCUGCUAUUACAUGGACUUUGCUCCAAUACAGUUGUGAAGUUCUUAAAUCUGAAGGGAAACAACCUGCGAACUGUUGGGGCUGAAGCUCUGGGAAAGCUCCUCAGGCAAAACAAAACUAUCCAGAGGCUCAUUUUGGAGUGGAACAAUCUAGGUGUAUGGGAAGAAAGCUUCACUAUCUUCUGUGAGGGGCUCGGGGCAAACCACCAUCUCCAGAUGUUGGAUCUGCGCAACAAUCAAAUCAACCAUCAGGGAGCAGGAGAACUGGCCAUGGCACUAAAAGCCAACUCUAGUCUACAAGAACUUGAUCUGCGCUGGAAUAACAUUGGGCUCUUGGGCGGCCGGGCACUUCUGAACUGUCUUCAUAGCAACCGGACAGUGCGGCAGCUCGAAUUAGCUGGGAACAAUGUACCAAGUGAUAUCCUGAAGGCUGUGGAUCAAGCAAUGGAACAUAACCAAGAGCGUCAGAAUAUUCUCUCCAAAAAUCGUAACAUGACAAAAAUUCUCAGCAAAGAGGUGAUGUGCUUGAAAGAAGAGAAAGCUAAACAGUUCCUGGAUCUAAUGGACACCAUUGACAAGCAGAGAGAGGAAAUAAACCAGAGCAACAGGGUAUCGGCAUCACGAGUCUGGCGUCUACAAGAGGCCUUGAAUGAGCGCUAUUCGGUGAUGAAUUCCCUAAAAGCAAAACUCCAGAUGACAGAGGCAGCUUUGGCUCUGUCAGAGCAGAAGGUGUGCAGUCUGGGAGAACUUCUGAGCACAGCCAAGGAGGAGCAAACAAAACUGCUGGAGAACCAGGCCAAGGAGUUUCAUCAACACAAGAAGAAUUCUUCUGAUCGUGAGGCAAAACUUCUUCAGGAACUUUCAACGGCCAACGAGAAUAAUUUCCAGCUCAAAAAUGAGGUGGAUGAGCUGGAAAGAAGAUGCAAAAUCCAGCAAGAGCAACUGUUCCAGGUGAAGGAGGAGCUGACCCACACAACUGCAGAAAUGAAACUGAGAGCUGUACAGGCUGAAGAGCGUUUGGAAAAUGAGAAGAAGCGGUUCAAGCAAAUCCUGAGUGAUGCAGAAUCCCUUCGUAUGAAGGAGGUGGGACAGAUAACUCAGCAUAUGGAGACAAGUGAACAUGCUCUGCAGGAGCGCAUCCAAAGGCUGGAGGCCAUCCGCAUUGGGCUUGAGGAGGAACUGAGCCAAGUGAAAGCUGCAGCCUUCAUUGAACGAGGCAAAAUUGAGGAAGAAGUCAUCAGAGCCAAAAACCAAACCAGGUUGGAAGAGCAACAGCGCCUGGAGCAGAUGGAGGAGAAGCUGAGGCUGAUGAUGCAAUCCCGUGACGAGGCUCAGAACCACUGCUUGCAGCAGAAGCGGGCAGUGGCAGAAGCACACGCUAAGGAGGGCCAGUUGAGUCUGCAGGUGGAAGGACUCAAGAGGCGACUGGAAGACCUUCAGCAGGAGCUGGGCAGUAAGGAACAAGAGAAAGUUUCCGAGGUCAAUAAAGUGCGUGUGGAGCUGCAGGAGCAGAUUGGUCACCUGGAGGCUGAGAGAACAGCACAAGAAGGGCUGCGGGAGAAAAUUGCGGCUCUUGAGCGCCAGCUGAAAGUGCUGUCCAGUAACCACCGGGAGGCACUAUUGGACAAAGAGAGUGAAAUCUCCAGCCUGCUUGAGAAAUUACGGGUUCGGGAAGCAGAAAUCUCCAGGAUCAGGGAGGAGGAAGCUCAGCGGGCCAGUUUCCUUCAAAAUGCCAUCCUGACCUACGUGCAAGGUUCCCCACUUGGCUCUCUCAGCCCCAAGAAGUGACACUGAGUUCUGCAGUCGACAGGUCCUAUCUUCAAAGAGGAAUCAGAGGAUCAUGGUGGCCAGCUCUUGUGUUUCUUGAAGACCCAAGAAUCUGCAUGGCCAGUUACCUGGAACUCAGUGUGAAAUGUCACUGAAGGACUUGUGGCUGCUUUGGAAACCAUCUUAAUUUCUGUGCCAAAAUCUUGUUCAACCAUGGCAGCAAGAAUAGUCUUCAAGAUAAAAGCCAUCUAUUCCCAUUUUGUAGCCCACAGACAAUGUAUGCUCACACAAGUUUUCCUUCCCUGAUUUGGGCCUCAGAUUUAGGUCCAAAAUGCACAUCAUUUCAGUGAUAGGAUUGUUGCUGGAAAAAAAUAAUGCUUUGAUGUGACCAACUCUUUUAAAUAGAUCAAUCAACAAAUAGUAAAAGGAACAUUUAAGUCAGCCAAAUCAUGGAGAUUUUUCCUAUAUUCAUUUACUCUGCAAGAUCUACAGCAUUCCAGAUAAUCUCAAAAGGACUAAUGUUGGGUCUAGAGUCAUUUGGGGCUGUCCUGACCCAGUAGAACACUGAAUGUAUUUUCCAUGCUUGAGAGUAUCACUCUUUUGCCUAGUCUUCUAAGGAGCUCUUUUAUAGUAACACUUAGCCAUUAGUACCUGAUUCCUCUGGACCUAAAGGUGAAACCAAUGGAGGGUCCAAUUAGGGGUAGAGUUUGAUUUAUCCACACAGCUUUUUCAGUUUCAGUAAGGAGAAGAGCCAGAUUCUCUCACUGAUGACAACAUUUGAAAUGUGAGCCAGAGGCUAGAAUAACUUCCAAAUAAUCCGGAUUUAGCUGUAGUUGUCUUGAGAACAAGAUGACACACAUGGAACAAAGAAUGAUUUUUGGUUUUUAUUUUUAGUUUUAUAACUAGUAUGAAAAUGAAAAAUUUAAAUUUUGCCAUUGUUGCAGGGACUGGCUUGCAUUUAUUUCCAUAUAUAUUAUAAAUAUAUAAAUAGACAUAUUUAUAUGCAAUUAAACAUGUAAGAAUAUAUAUAUAUUCUUACACACUUCAUUGCAUAUAAACAUGUUUUUGCUUUGAUGGUACAUUAAAAUGAGUGCAUAAGUUUUAAAGUGGCAAAUACAGUUCAGUAUAAGGACUUUUCAAAUCAUAUAUAUCAGAGCAAAACCUCUACAUUUCACACAUAUUAAUGGGACUGCAGCUAGCAGUAAUUGAUCA